AGAAUUUUUUUUUUUCAUUUUAUUUACUUAUUUAUUUUGUCGUGCAUUUGGAGCACAUGCCGAGGACCUUUGUGGCUUUCUGUUAUUAUGAAUGGGGUGAAAUGGGUGUUUAGAUAUCGGGGUGAUGAGUUCAAGAGGUGUUUCAGUGCUGUUCAACGACACAAUCCUUCGCAUUAUUGCUUGGAUCUGGUUAGGAGAAAUGAUUUUGAAAAUUACUUGUGCACACUUCUCCUACCAAGUGCUCUGAGGGGUCCUGCAUUCGCAAUAAGAGCUUUCAACGUUGAAAUUGCAUUGAUUCAGGAUCAAACAUCGGAGACAGCAAUUAGUGGAAUGAGAUAUAAUUUUUGGAACGACACUCUGAAGAAAAUCUACAAUAAUAAUCCUCCUCAGGCCCCUGUUCCCCUAGAAUUACAUCGGGUUCUCAAGACCUUCAAAUUAUCGAAACACUACUUUCAACGUUUGCUGGACGCCAGAUGGAGAAAAUGGCAGGCAGCAGACUUUCCAGAUCUAGAAUCAUUAGAAAAAUACUCAGAAGAAACCGUAUCCCCUAUUUAUUACCUCCUCCUUGAAGCGAGAGGUAUCAAAGACGUUAACAUCGAUCACAUAGCUAGUCAUUUAGGAAAAGCACAGGGAAUAACGAAUCUUCUUCGAUCUGCACCUCAUCAUGCCCAGAAGAGGGUCUGCGUUAUUCCUCAGGAUCUCUUGAUGAAGCACGGAGUCCCCACUGAAUCCGUAUUCAGAGGAGAAAUGAGUAAAGAACUCAGUGAUGUUGUCUUCGAAGUGGCAUCACGAUCUCAUCAACACUUAGAAAAAGCAAAGAACCUCAGGAAGAAUACGAAGACGAACUUGGCCAGUAUUUUUCUGCCUGUUGUCAAUGUCGAGAAAUACCUGACGAAGCUGCAGCAACUCGAUUUUAAUAUCUACUCGUUUCAUCUCCACAGGAAAGAGAAUAUGCUGCCGCUGCAGAUUUUGAAGGCGAAAUUAUUCUCUUCGUGGUGAAUAUUCCUUGAAAUCU